GGCGAGGGUCCCACCAAAAAAAAAAAAGGAAUGGGCGCUAAGAGCAGCGCCCAAACACGAAAGGCAUAAAAAUUGCGCGCGCCUUUGGAAAACUGGAGAAACGCGUAGUUAAGGAAGGAGGCCGAGAGGAAUACCUUGUGGGUGGGGCCUCUUUACAGGCCGGCCCUUUCCGGGUACGUAAUCCUAGCAAGAUGGCGGCGCCCAGGGCGUCCCUGCACCUGGUGGCCCCAGUCUGGAAUCAGGGUACCAAGGGCAUUCGUGGCCUGAGCAGCACAGUGACCCCGGAGGGCAGUCGGAAGAAGGGGAGAAUGCUGCUCCAGUUCCUGACAGACCGCUUCUAUGACGUGAAGGCUCUGAGGGAGUACCUGCUCCAAAUGCGGUUGUCAAAUGUGCACCAGAAAAAUCGAGCCUUCACCCACAUAAAGGAGCGCUAUGGCCCAGACAUCGCGGGUGCCUAUUUCAUCCUGAAGCAGGGAGGCGCAGUCAAGUUUCAGGGCAAGGAGUGGAUGGGGCCCCAUGGGCAGCGUCGCUUCUCUCUUGACUUCUUCAAGUUCCAGGAGGUGCCAGUAGAGGCUAUCGAUGCCAGCGGCUGUACCAUCAACUAUGAAGGCCUGGACAACCUCUUGGCCCUGAAGGAGCUCCAGUCCCUGUCACUGCAGCGCUGCCCCCAUGUGGACGAUUGGUGUCUCAGCCGCCUCUACCCGCUGGCAGAGUCCUUGCAGGAGCUUUCCUUGGCCGGUUGCCCCCAAAUCUCAGAGCGGGGCCUGGCCUGCCUCCAUCACCUCCAGAACCUCCGCAGGCUGGACAUCUCAGACCUCCCAGCCGUGUCCAACCCGGGCCUAACGCAGAUCUUGGUGGAGGAAAUGCUGCCCAACUGUGUGGUUCUGGGGGCUGACUGGGCCCAGGGCCUGAAGUUGGGGCCUGAGGAGCAGUCUCAGGACACAGCCAGGCCCCUCCCAGCCUAGCCUCAGCCGCCUCCAGCUGGAGCUCUGGGGGCCGAGUUGAGUGACAGUUCUCCAUGCUUCUGGCUCCCCAUGGGGCUGGGCUGGUGAGGGAGUGGCACUAGCAGCUCAGAGGGAAAGAGAGCACAAGGUCAGGUGCUUCCUCCCCACUUCAGGGCGGCCCUGGCCAGCUGCAUCCUGGGCCCAAAGUCAUCCUGUCAGGCAGCCCCCUCUACGCACUUCUCUCCUUCCCAGUUUCAGUCACCUCCUCUUCAGGCUGGGGGUGGUGAGUAGCCCCUCACAGCUGCCCUCUCCCUUGUGGUUUCCCCACCUCGCCCACUUUUAUGUCACGAAACUCUUUAAGAAGCAAAAGUCAAAAAAAUCUUCACAAGUCAUCCUCACUGUGUGAGCUCCCAUUUCCUGCCAGGACCCUGGCCCACACAGUGGGUGCUGCUGGCAUUCUGCAGGGGAGGCUCCUCCCUGUGUGCGUCUGCUCAGCAACCUGCAGGGACAGCAACUCUGGCCCGCGCUCACCCAAGCAGGGUGCCUGCUUAUCAGCUACUGACUCUCAGCUCCGAACUCAGCUUCUUUGUCUGCUCGGUGAGAACUGAUCUGGGCCUUGGAAGCAUUUGAAGUAUCAGUAUUUUCUUUGCCAACUGGCAUGAUGUGCUUUGUCAGUAGAGGGCGCUCAAGAGACAUGACAGAGGAGAGGCUUUGACUUCCAGGCUUGCUACCAAUGGGGCUCCCCCAGCCUGGGGUCCUGAGGUAUCUGGCAUACUGGUCAGCAGCUUCCUCUGGCACACCGUCAGGCAGUUUCACAGAGCAGUGCCCCCCAAGGCACCUCCCUGUGAAGGACUCCCCACCAUACCCCAGAAGGUAGAAUUCUGUAAGUUCUGAGGCCCCUUAUCAAUGAAUCCCUUACUUUGACUUGCUGUUAAAGUCAGUAAUUCCUUAUAAACUUUUCCUGUUCAA